UAUUCACAUUCAUAUAACAUGGCCAAUAUUAGACCUCUUAAUGAGGAUUUGCAAAAAUCUGCUGCUGAACUUGGUGAGGUGCCAUCGCGUCUAGAAGAGGAUUUGGCUGCUCUCAAAGAAUGGAUAAAACAACAGCCCCAUUUGAGGGCGAAUACAGAUGACCAAUUUCUGGUUGCCUUUCUGCGUGGCUGUAAAUACAGUUUAGAGAAGGCCAAGGCAAAGAUAGACAAAUUUUAUACUCUUAAGAGUAAAUUUCCGGAUGUAUUCUCUGCCACCAAUGUAGAUGAUGCCAAAUUUAGGGAACUCAUUCGCUUGGGAAUUUGGCUUUAUUUGCCUACUCCCCUCAAUGAAAAUGGUCCUCGCAUAUGUAUAAUGCGCAAUGGUCUACAUUCUUCCGAUAAAUACAGUGGCGAGGAAGUAUUGCAAAUGUUCCAUGCUCAGCAGGAGAUAAUGAUUCUCGAAGAUGACUAUGCCACUAUAAAUGGCAUUGUUUUUAUUGGUGAUUUUGAAAAAGCAACAUUGGCCCAUUUUUUCCAAGUGACACCAUCGUUAUCGAAAAAGAUGACUGUUUUUGCGGAAGAGGCAAUUCCAUUGAGACCCAAGGCUUCACAUUUUGUAAAUACACCCAUGGGAUUUGAAACAAUCUUCAACAUAAUUAAACCAAUGUUGUCGGCUAAGCAACAAAGUCGGCUCUUUGUACAUGGCAACAAAAUGGAUUCCCUAAUUCAACAAGUUCCUUUGAAAUACUUACCCAAAGAAUAUGGUGGAGAAAAUGGCUCUUUAGAUGAAAUCUCAAAAGAAUGGGAACAGAAAUUGGAUAAAUACAGAGAGUAUUUCAAAAAGAAUGCCGAAUAUGGCACCGAUGAAAAAUUGAGACCGGGCAAAGCUAUUGAUUUUAAUAGCAUUUUUGGCAUCGAUGGAUCCUUCCGCAAAUUAGAUGUCGAUUGACUUAUAGAUGAGAUUUUUAAGGAUAUUUGUUGAAUGGACCGGAAAAACAAAUGAACUGAACAACAACUAAACGUGAAUAUGAGAAAAUAAAUGUGAAUUGAGAACAAACAAAAAUUUUAAAAUGCUUGCUUUAGUACUUGACAAGAA